AUGACUAACAAAUCAAUUAUGCUUCUGAGCCUGCUGGUUCUUCACUGCAUGUUUAUAAAUGGAAAAACAACAUGUAAAUGGCAAUUGGUGGAAGAAUGGCAUGCACAAUCCUCAUCAUAUGUGGUGAAUUGGACACUAACAGAAAACACUUGCAUGGACGCCUAUGGAGAUUGCUGGUUUGAGGACAUAAAUACUAAAAUGAGUACUUCAGGCAAUCAGGCUGUCCCCCAGAUUUGCCCUUUGCAAAUUCAAUUAGGAGACAUCCUUGUAAUUUCUUCUGAACCAUCUCUUCACUCUCCAGAACUAAAUUUGAUGAAUGUUUCUGAAGCAUCCUUCAUUGACUGUCUGCAGAAUGCCACAGCUGAAGAGCAGUUACUUUUUGGUUGCAAGCUAAAAGGAAUGCACACUGUUAACUCUCAGUGGCUGACUGUUGGGACACAUUAUUUUAUUACAGUAAUGGCAAGUGGUCCAUCGCUUUGUCAACUGGGACUUCGACUAAAUGUGACAGUGAAAGAGCAGUUCUGCCCGGAAUAUCUGAAUUCAGAAUAUUGCUCUGGGCAUGGUAAAUGCCUUACUGAAAUUUGGAGCAAGACAUACAACUGUCAUUGCGAAUCUCCAUUUUCUGGAAAAUACUGCCAGGAAUUUGAUGCAUGUUCUUAUAAACCCUGUAAAAAUAAUGACAGUUGCAUUAAUAAAAGAGAAAAAUGGAAUGAGCAAGGAUAUGAAUGUAUCUGUCCCCCACCAUUUUCAGGCCUAAAUUGUUCAGAAAUAAUUGGCCAAUGUCAACCAUGUAGCUGUUUCCAUGGAAAUUGUAGCAAUAUUGCUGCAAAUAGUUUCAUUUAUAAAUGUGAUGAACCAUUUUCAGGUCCAUUCUGUGAAGAGUCAGUGGGACAUUGGGUUUCUUGGUUUUGUUGGAAAAGAGGAAUUUGCCAAAAUGAAAGCUCUGCUUACAUUUGUGAAUGUGCAGAAGGAUUUCUCAAUCAAGACUGUGAAAUUGAUGACAAGAAGUGUUCAUUAAUACCAUGUCAGAAUGGUAAUGUCUGCAAUGAUAUUUCAAAUGGUACCAUAUGCAUCUGUGCACCAAUAUUGACAGGCAAGCUUUGUAAGAGACUUCAAAUACCAUGUGACUCAUUUCCAUGCAAGAGUAAUGCGACAUAUAUAAACUAUGAGAAAGAUUAUCAUUGCAGUUGCAUGCCAAGAUUUACUGGAAAAAGCUGUGAGAAAAUAAUUGACCACUGUAGACUGCUCCGCAUUGACUGUCUGAAUGAAGGAUGGUGUUUCAAUAUAAUUGGAAGAUUCAGAUAUAUAUUCACCCCAGGAUGCACAAGAAAUUCAUAUUGGUUUCUGAAGAAUGUUAGUUUAAUCCUCCUGUACCCUUGCUACCGUGGAUCCAUCAGCCAUGAUAUUUGCCAAACUAUAGUUCCUCAUUCUCUUCAAUUUAAAUAUGUGUGGCAGUUGGGAUUUACAGGAUCUGAAGGUGAAAAGUGUGAAGUGACUAUUGAUGCUUACUUCUUUCUCACUGAAAAUUUCACUGGCAAUGCAGACUAUGUGAACAAAUCUGAAGACAUUGAUUAUCCAUGUUUGUUUCAAUGUGAAAAAACAAUGGAGAUGUGUGCAAAUGGAUGCAUUUGUUUGACUGAAGAAGGAAAUAAGGGAUAUUUUUGUCUAUUUAUUCCCAGAAGGCCUGGGAAAAUGUAUCUGGAAAAUACAACUGACUAUCAAGAAAGUCGGUGUCAACUUGAAGCUAUUUAUGAAGAUGAAUUUAAUAUAUCUAGAUGCAGUUUUUCUCUUGGUUACACCGGCAGAUUCUGUAUUCUCAGUGUUGGAAAUUGCUUAGGAAACCAGAGUACAUCACGGCAUGGCCUCUGCCAGGUCCAUUUGCACAGCUGUAACUGUAGCUGUCUGCAAAUAUGUGAAAGAAACAUCUGUGAAAUAGAAAGUGAAGAUUGUAAAUCUAUGCCCUGCAAAAAUGGAGCAACCACUAUCAUUUUAAGUGGCUAUUUCUUCUGCACGUGUGUCCCUGGAUUUACAGGUACAAAAUGUGAGAUAGAUGCAGAUGAGUGUGCUUCCUAUCCCUGCAAGAAUGGAGCUACUUGCAUUGACCAACCUGGGAAUUGCUUCUGCCACUGUGUGGCUCCAUUUAAAGUGGUUGCUGGCUUCUCCUUCUGCAGUCCUGGCUACAAGGGCCUGAGGUGUGAGCAGGGCAUUGAUGACUGCAUCCUGAAGGCCUAUGAGCACAACUCUACCUGCAAAGAUCUGCAUCUCAGCUACCAGUGUGUACGCCUGUCAGGUUGGGAAGGAAAUUUUCAUGAACAAGAAUCCAAUGACUGCAAAAUGAAUCCUUGUGAGAACAAUUCCACCUGUACUGACCUUUACAAAAGCUACUGAUGAGUAAUAUAUUUAUCCUGUGAAUGUACAUCCGGAUGGACUGGACAAAACUGUGGUGAAGAAAUAAAUGAAUGUGACUCUGACCCAUGCCUGAAUGGAGCUCUUUGUCAGGAGUCUACCAUCCCUGGGCAAUUUGUAUGCCUGUGCCCACCCUUUUAUACUGGAACAUUCUGCCAUCAACACUAUAACCCCUGUGAUCCUCUCACUGACCCCUGCAGAAACAACUCAACAUGCUUGAGUUUGGUGGAUGGAAAUCAUUAUUGUAUGUGUAGAGAAGGAUUUGAAGGGGAACACUGUGAAAUUAACAUGAAGGAGUCCUUCUCCCUUCCCUGUAAGAAUUAUUGUGACUAUGAAGAUGGGGUCAACAAUUUCAGGUGUGUUUGCAGACCUGUGUUUUUUGGACUUCUGUGUGAAAUAGAAACUGAGUGUUCCUCUAAACCUUGCCAAAAUAAUGGAACCUACGUGGAUUUGACAAACAGAUUUUUAUGUAGUUGUGAACCUGGGUACCAUGGAUCUCUCUGUGAACUGGAUAUGAAUGAAUGUGAGAUCAAACCUUGUCUAGAUGAAGAAGAUUGUGUUAACAGAACCUGUGCAUACAACUGCCUUUGUGCUCCUGGUUAUACAGGCAUCACUUGUGAAGUAAAUAUAGAUGAAUGUCUAUCAAAACCCUGUCUCCAUGAUGGAUCUUGUAUUGAUGGCAUCAAUCAUUAUACCUGUGACUGCAAGAGUGGCUUUUCCGGAACACACUGUGAAACAAAUGCAAAUGAUUGCCUCUCAAAUCCUUGUCUGCAGGGAAGAUGCACAUAUGUCACUAAUGAAUAUCAAUGCUCCUGAGAUACAGAAUGGACCAGCUCAAGAUGUGAGAUCAAGAUUAAUAACUGCACAUCAACCCCUUGUAUGAAUCAGAAGUCAGACCAUGGCUUUACUUGCAUUUGCCCAAGUUGCUACACGGGUGCAAAUUGUGAGAUAAGUAUUGAUAGUUCUGCUGAGCAUGAACUAAAUAUGGACCUCUGUGUUAAUGGAGGGAUAUGUCUUGGUGAAUCUGGACACACAUUUUACUGCAGAUGUCUUCCUGGAUUUUCUGGUUAGUCUUUUGAAAUUAAGAUAAACGAAUGUUUUUCAUCAUCAAAUCUAAAUGGUGUAAACUGUAAAAAUCACAUCAUUGGAUAGAUUUGCAAAUGUCAACGAGGAUGGACAGGACAUCCCUGUGAGAAAGAAUUUGAUGAGUGCAUUCUCAAAUCAUGUGUUCAUGACAUAUGUGUAUAAUAUGAACCUGGCUUUGACUCGACAUGUUUCUACAUACCCGGAUUUGUGACCUGUUCCAUCGGGCUUCUUUGUGGUGAUGAAAUAAGGAGAAUUAUCUGUUUACUACCUUCCUCUCCAAGAACAGAUGACGUUCCUACUCAAAUAUAUACAGUGCCUACUUCUGAGACUUUAGUCAGUAGCUUUCCAUAUCCAAGCGCUACAAGACUAUUGACUAUAAUGAAUACUUAUUCAGUUGAUCAAGGUCAGAAAGAGACAGACAUUUUCAACCAUGACGUUCUCUCAACCACUGGUUUGUCAGCAUUAAGUAUUGGCAUAUCCCUUGAAAGCUAUUUACUGGAAGAGCUGAUUUCUACUAGGCAACUUUCAACAAAAUACACUCUUACUUCUUCCACAGAUGUUUCCUCUUCUCAGUUUCUGAAUUUUGAUGAUCAUGACACAAAACGAAUUGUCCAGAGUACAACAUCUGUCUCACAUAUGCCUAUCCAAACUUUAGCUGUCACACCAGGAUUCUUUUUCUUCAAUAGUAGAGAGAGGACCUCAUUUAUCAUCUCUUCCUUAAUGACAGAUUUUAUUUUUCCUACGCAAUCUGUAUUACUCGACAAUGAUCGGGCUGUUGCCUUAUCUGCUGCCACAAUGAGUUCAGUAAUUAGUGCCAUUCCAGGGGCCUAUACUGAGUUAAACAGGCACUCAUUCCUCUCCCCUGGAUUCCCGCUCACAACUGCUUCCACAAGCAUACCUCCAAUUGUUUCUAGGGGGGCUCAAGAGGAUACUGAAGAAUAUUCAGCUGUUACUUUAAUUUCAAGAAGAGAGGGCUGGAGAUUUCUGAGCUCCUCAAUGUCUCCCAUUUCUCCUGCUAAGAUAAUUACAUCUAAACAGGUAGCCAUCUUAAACUCAUCAACUCUGCCCAGAUUCACUACACAAGCCUCCAUUCCCAGUGAAUAUCAGAUUAUUACUGAAGCAUCUAGCAACCAGAGACUCACAAACACCAAAUCACAGACUGCUGAUUCCUUAAGUGAAUUAAGCCAGACAUGUGCAACAUGUUCUAUGACUGAAAUAAAAUCCUCUCAUAAAUUCUCAGAUCAAGUUUCGCAUAGUGAACAGUCCCAUUUUUAUGAGACAUUCGGGAUGAACUCAGAGAUAUUAGCCAGCUGGUAUGCACUAAUGGGAACUCAAACUAUCACUUCUGGGCAUUUGUUUUCUUCUGCUACUGAAAUAAUGCCAUCACCAGCAUUCGCAGAACUGUCAUCUUUAUUUCCUUCUAAAAAGAGUACAAAAGGAAUAAUUUUAUCCUUAUCCUUGGAGGAAUCCAUUACCCUAUCAAGUAAUUUGGAUGUUAAUUUAUGUUUGGAUAAGACUUGUUUACCCAUCGUCCCUUCACGAACUGUCUCUUCUGAUUUGAUGAAUUCUGAUUUGACUUCAAAACUGACUACUGAUGAUCUGUUAGUAUCAAGAAACAUUUUUAAAAUAUUGAAAAUAGGACAAUAUGGUAUAACUGUGGGUCCUACUGAGACACUGAAUCAAGACAAUUUAUUGGGCAUGCAAGAGAGUAAAGGAUCUCAAAAACAGCUCAAAGUUCAUAAGGAUUUUAAACUAAAUUUACGAAGUCAUCCAGAAACUGUGUAUUCAAAUGACCUCAAAUACAACCCUUCACCAUCUGUAGACUCAAUGUCUGGUAUUUCAGAAGCAACCUCUACUGUUGCAUUGCACACCAUUUCACCAACUCAAUCACUUCCAAUACAGACCUCUUUUCCUAUGUCUGUAUUUAUGCCACAUUGGACAUAUUAUACAGAUAAUCUGCCUUUAACAUCUGAUUUAAAAAAAGAGUUCAAAACUUCUUCAGAAUGGUCCACCUGGGAACUUCAGCCUAGUGUGGUGCAUAAUUGGGAAUCUGCUGCCGCCGGCCAGUGGCUUCCCAUCACUACAUCUCUUACUUUGUCUUCAUUGGAGUCCAUUCCAGCACCUCCUCAGCUGAUGAUUUCUGGUUUCAGUUGUGUUUGUUAUUAUGGAGAUUCCUUUCUAGAAUUUCAGAAUAUAUUUUUAAAUCCACAAAAUAAUAUCUCCCUAGAAUUUCAGACCUUCAUCUACAUCAAGCAAGACUCAAAUUUAGUAAAUGGAUUUUUUAUUCAAUUAUUUAUUGAAAAUGGUACUUUACAGUACCACUUUUUCUGUGCUGGUGAAGCAAAAUUGGAAAGCAUUAACACUACUAUUAAAGUAGAUGAUGGACAAUGGUAUUCACUGUUUAUCAGGCAAGAAUUGGACCCAUGUAAAGCUGAGCUGACUAUUCUAGGGAGGACCUUAAAAGCAAGGGAACCUGUCAAUCACGUGUCUGAAAAACCCCUGCCAGAAUCAUGGUCUGUCUUUAUUGGUGGAUUUCCAGAUCUUCAUGGAAGAUUACAAUUCAGGGUUCCCAAAAAUUUUACUGGCUGCAUAGAAAUUGUAGAAAUCGAUAACUGGGGAUCUUUCAUCCCAUCCAAGGCAGUGAAAAAUAUUCCCAUUGAUAGCUGCAGAUCUCAGGAUUCUACUCUGUCUGCAGCAUACUCCUUUACUGCUCCUUCUGGUGGGACAGAAGGGGUGGACUCCAUGGGGACUUCCCUCAGCCCCUCUCCUGCAGUGCCAUCUGUGUGCCAGGAGGAUGUGUGCCACAAUGGAGGCACUUGCCAUCCCAUCUUCCUCUCAAGUGGUGCGUUCUCAUUCCAGUGUGACUGCCCACUACAUUUCACUGGUCGUUUCUGCAAACAAGAUACAGGUUUAUUUUUCCCAUCUUUCAAUGGGAAUUCCUAUUUAGAGCUGCCUUUCUUUGCAAUCCUAAAUGAGUUGAAGUCUGUCCUGGAAAAAGAACAUAGCAGAAUUGUUACCAUCUACUUGACUAUAAAAACAAACACUUUGAAUGGGACCAUUCUCUACAGUAGUGAGAAGAAUUUUGGACAACAGUUUCUUCAUUUAUUUCUUGUGGAAGGAAGGCCCACAGUUACAUAUGGAUGUGGAAGUUCCCCAAAUAGCUUGACUCUCUCUGCUAAUUAUAGCACUAACACAAAUGCAUUCAUCCCUAUCACCAUACGCUUCACAGUGCCUGCUGGUAGCCCUGGGGUUGCUUGUAUGAUUGAAAUGACUGCAGAUGGAAAACCUACAGUUACAGUACAGAAGAAAGAAAUGGAACUAUCCCAUGCCUCUCAGGUACAUUUUGAAUCAAUGUUCCUUGGCCAUAUUCCUGAAAAUGUUAAGAUUCAUAAGAAUGCGGGCCAUAUUUAUGGGUUCAAGGGCUGCAUUGGAAAGCUUCAAGUAAACAACAAAGAAUUAAUCAUCACUGAUGAAGCACUACGUGGAAAGAACAUUGAGAACUGCCAUGUCCCUUGGUGUGCUCAUCAUCAAUGCCACAACAACGGCACCUGCAUCAGUGAUGGUGAACACUGGUUUUGUGCAUGUCCAAGGCUGUACUCAGGCAAGCUGUGCCAGUUUGCAACGUGUGAAAACAACCCAUGUAGAAACGGGGCCACCUGUGUUCCCAAAUCUGGGACAGACAUCGUCUGCCUCUGCCCCUACAGGAGGUCUGGACUCCUCUGCAUGGACGCUAUUAAUAUCACUCAGCCCAGGUUCAGUGGCAUGGAUGCCUUCGGAUACACUUCAUUCCUGGCUUAUCCACGGAUCCCAGACAUCAGCUUCGAUUACGAAUUCCACUUGAAGUUUCAGCUAGCAAACAACCACUCAGCACUGCAAAAUAGCGUCAUCCUCUUCACCGGACAGAAGGGCCAUGGGUUGAACGGCGAUGACUUCCUGGCAGUGGGUUUGCGCAACCGCCGCGUGGUGUACAGUUACAACCUGGGGUCCGGCACCGCAAGUAUCAGCAGCGAUCCUCUUGAUCUGAGCCUUGGGAUCCACACGGUCCAUCUGGGGAUGUUCCUCCGAAUGGGCUGGCUGAAGGUAGAUGAUCAUAAAAAUACAUCCAUCACCUCCCCAGGAAGACUGGUUGGUCUCAAUGUCUUCAGUCAGUUUUAUGUAGGUGGCUACAGUGAAUACACUCCAGAUCUCUUGCCAAAUGGAGCCGAUUUUAAAAAUGGCUUUCAAGGUUGUAUUUUCACUAUUCAAGUUUGCACCAGGUAGGACGGCCGUUUCAGAAGGCUGGGGAAUCCUGAGGGCCACCCAGAUGCUGGGCACAGCGUUGGCCAGUGUGACACUCCUCCUUGUAGCUUAAUGAACUGUGGCAAUGGUGGGACCUGCAUAGACAGUGGAGCUACUGUUUACUGUGACUGUCCCGCUGGGUGGAAAGGAGCCUUCUGCACGGAGACAGUUUCCACCUGUGGCCCUGAACACACCCCUCCACACCAGUGUAGCAAAGGAUCAACUUGUGUCUCGUUGCCUCAUGGAUACACCUGUUCCUGUCCUCUGGGAUCCACUGGAGUCCACUGUGAACAAGCUUUAUCUAUAAGUGACCCAUCUUUCAGAAGCCACGAAUUAUCCUGGAUGUCUUUUGCUUCCUUUCAUAUUCGUAAAAAGACACAUAUUCAAAUGCAGUUCCAGGCUUUUUCUACAGAUGGCAUCCCAUUUUACGUGGCACAACACCUAACAGCACAAUCAGGUAAAGUGAUUUUUUUAUGUAUCUCUUUAGUAAAUGGUGCUGUUCAACUUCGCUACCAUCUGGGUGACAUAACUGUCAUUCUAGAAACUCUCCAAAAAGUAAGUACUAGUGGAAGCACUUGGCAUGUGAUUAAAGCAGGAAGAGUUGGUGCAAAAGGCUACCUGGAUCUGGAUGGGAUAAAUGUAACAGAAAAGGCCAUCGCUAAAAUGAGCCACCUGGACACAAAUACUGACUUCUAUAUUGGAGGAGUGUCUUCCUUAAGUCUUGUAAAUCCCAUGGCAACAGCCAAUGGACCGGUAGGUUUUCAAGGUUGUAUCCGAGAAGUUAUUAUAAAUAAUCAAGAAUUACAAUUAACUGAACUAGGAGCGAAAGGUGGCUCAAAUGUAGGUGACUGUGAAGGGACAGCCUGUGGGUAUACCGUGUGCAGAAAUAGGGGUGAAUGUAUAGUAAAUGGCACCACUUUUUUUUGCAGAUGUUUGCCACACUGGACUGGAAAUACAUGUGACCAGUCUGUGCACUGUUUGAAUAACCAUUGUCUCCAUCAAUCUCUAUGUAUACCUGACCAGUCAUUCUCUUACCGUUGUUUGUGUCCUUUGGGUUGGGUGGGAAGGUAUUGUGAAAGCAAAACUUCUUUUUCAACUGCAAAAUUUAUGGGUAAUUCUUACAUUAAAUACAUUGAUCCACACUAUAGAAAAAGAAACCUCCAGCUCACUACUGUACCCUUAAAUUUCAGUGCUACUGAAAGAGAAGGCUUAAUUGUGUGGAUAGGAAAAGCUCAAAAUGAAGGAAGUGAUUUUCUGGCAAUUGGUCUCCAUAAUCAGACUUUGAAAAUAGCAGUUAACUUAGGAGAAAGCAUCUCUGUACCGAUGACUUAUAGCAAUGGUACAUUCUGUUGUAAUAAAUGGCACCAUGUCAUUAUAAGUCAAAAUCAAACUCUUAUUAAGGCCUACCUAGAUGGCAAGAUAAUUCUGAGGAUAUUGACCCACACAAAAAAAUUUGUUGCUCUGAACUAUGAUGGUAUUAGUUACGUAGGAGGUUUUGAAUAUGGUCGAAAGGUAAAUAUUGUUACUCAAUAGAUUUUUAAAAGAAAUUUUGUUGGUAAAAUUAAAGAUGUUUUUUUUCAGGAUUCAAACAAACUUGAGUUAAUUGAAUCAGAAGGGUACAAUGUUUAUAAUGGAGAUGAACACAAUUAGGUUACAUGGCAAAGGGGAAUUAAGGUCACAGAUGGAAUUCAGGCGCCACCUUGGAUGAUCUGGGUGGGCCCCAGGAAUCACAGGGUCCUUAAAGGUGGAAGACGGAGCCUCGGAGACAGCAAUUUGAGAAUGGGGCCCAUGUUGUUGGCUUUGAAGAUGGAGGAAAGGACCAUAGGCAAGGAAAGUCCGUGGCCCCUGGAAGCUGGAAAAAGCAAGAAAAUGGAUUCUCCUCUAAGCCUCCAGGAAAUGCACCCUCUGAGACAUCUCAGCCCACUGAGAUCCACAGCAGACUUCUGA